GCAAUCAGGAUUUUAUCACUCAUUGGCUGAUAGGAAGAAACAGAUUUUCCUGAGAGCUAUUUAAGGCUUAGAGGCGGAUGAAGCUAAUAAUUAUCAGAUAGGUUUGGUGGGUUAUGUACAGGUGGUUUAUAAAGACUGCACAACAAUGGUAUUGCAAUUGGUUGCCUCUUGUCUGAAGAUAAAAUCAGGUGAAUGUAUUGGAGUGAAAGGCAAGGUGAUGGCAGAGGCCAAAAGCUUUGCCUUCAACUUGGGACAAGAUGCUUCUAAUCUGAUCAUCCACUUCAACCCUCGCUUUAAGUAUCAUAGAGACACCCGGACCAUUGUGUGCAAUUCCAAAUUGGAUGGAAAGUGGGGUGAGGAGAUGUGGGAGUCAGAGUUUCCCUUCCAGCAAGGAGAAGAGGCCAAGAUCGAAAUCUCAUUUGAUGCCAAAGAGGUGACAGUGAAGUGUCUUGAAGAUCUGAAUCUUAAGUUUCCAAACCGGCUGGGACUGGAAGGCGUGAACUACCUCUCUGUAGAGGGUGAUUUUGAGGUCCACUCCCUCAAGUUCAAAUAACUCCUGUUCUUGUCAUGACUCCAACAAUAACUUGCACAAAUAAAAACCAAAACAUUCUUCACAAUUAA